AAAAUGCAUGUAGUACAGCUAAGGAUGGAAGUAAGAAUAGUGUUGAAAAUGUACGUCAACAAUCUGCAACAAUGCAGAAAAACCAGGGGCGGCGGUCAGUUUUACCUGGACCUGUCAGUGACAGGCUGACCAGACCUACCAUGGCCUCAAGGUUGAAAAAUGUGUCUGCAAACUUUCAAAAUGAAAGUGAUUUAAAACUAAAGGAAAAUGAUGUAAAUGUUUCGAGUAGCAGUGAUAGCCAGGUAAAAAAGCGGGUUCCUUCUGGACCAAAAUCGAAGCCCCACCAGACACCUGGUGUCGUGAAGAGGAGAAAACCUUCUUCCAGUGGAUCCUCCCCUUUCCAAAUCCCAGAUAGUAUGCCUCUGUCUAAGAAAAAUCCAGCACAAGAGAGUAAGAAAUGCACAGUCCAAUUUCAACCCACAAUAGAUACAAAGUUUGGAAUAAAGAUAUCUCCACCUGGAAAGAAAAAAGACUUCACUUUUACUGGGGCUGCCAAGAUGACAUCAGAAAGCAAAGACACAAAAAGUAAACCUGAGAUAAAACCAGAUAUUAAGAAAUCCAACAGGACCCGUCCCUGGCAGCACUCCGAGGUGACCAGACUGAAGGAGGACCUUGCAGAAAUACAGGCAAAACUGGAAGAAGCUGAGAAAGAAAAUUGUACUUUGAAUAAUGAACUGAACGAGAGAAAGAAAAAAGACAAGGAAAUCAAAGAUCAUCUUAAUGACUUGACAUUGGAGAACAGUUCCUUAAAGAAUAGGAUAUCAUCUUGUGAAGUUCAAUUAGAAAAGUGUCAUAUAGAUCCAGUUACAUUACAACCAUUGGAUUUAGACCAGGAAGAAAUAAAGAAGAGAAGUCAAGAAGCUCAGGCCAAAGCAUCUGCAUUGAGAGAUGUGCUGAAACAUAAUGUAAAUAACCAGUGCUAUCUGGCGAGUUUGAAGGAGAUCAAUGAGAAAUGUGAAGCAUAUUUGAACAGCAUGUAAAGGAUGGUAAUUAAGUCUGGAUACAGUCAGUGUUUUCCUGCAAGAGCUUCAGAAAGUUGAAGACAGUAAAUUGAGUAAUGCGUAUUUUAUAUAAAUCAGCAGAUAUGCUUGUGGUGUAAACAUUCAAAAUUUUGUGAACCAGCUUGACUUAUGAACGUGAAUAAUCAUUUUUCUUUCCCUACAGCAGUUGAAAGGUUUAGUAUUUAAAGCAGCUGCCAUUAGAAGCUGCUCUUCUGGUUCAGCUGGAACAUUUAGAACUGUUUAGUCUGGUAUUUGAACUAUGCAUGGCAAACCACAACAGAAUUUAGUGAACAUUUAUUUAUAUAUUUAUUUAUUUAUUUUGGUUAUCAGUGCCCUGGGGGUAUACUAUUCACCGCAUGAGGUAUAAGUGAAAGACAUAGACACUAUUGUUGAUUGAUGUAUACUUGAUGUGCUGAUUGAUCAAUGUGAGGUCAAGAGAUAUCACCAAGCUGGAAUAAGAAAAUGUUGUGUGUGUGUGUGUGUGUGUGUGUGUGUGAUCGCAAUCGCUUGGGUGAUUCUCUUAUGUUAUAGCCCGGCUAUUAAGUUGUCAGUCUCUAAAAACUUACCAGUACAGCUGUAUCGCUAUGAUAUAUUACAUAUAUAGCACAUGGUUUGAAAAGGCCUUUAGUUCAGUGGCACUGGAGCAAUCGGCUUAUUAUAGAAAGAUUAUCAUAGGUCUGAUGAACAUUAUAUAUAUGUGGUAUACAAAGGGUUAAGAUCCUAGUAUCGUUUUUCUUUGGACAUGAGUGAAUGUCACCAGACAAAUUAGGAAAUGAGUUAGUGAAAAGUGUAAGAAUGGAUACUGAUAUUAAUAUGAGUUGUGAUGAUUAAUAGAUCAUAUUAUGGAAAAAACUCAAAUAUUUUAGCUUUGAAAUUACAUAAACUAUUUCACGCUUUCUAAGGGGAUUUUUUCAUUUUUCUCAUGAAAUCUGUUUUGUAUCAAAAUAAGUCUAAUGAUAAGUUUAUAAUUAAGAAAAGCAUAAUUGAUCGUUAAAUUUUACAUGACAAAAUCUAGACAUUUUUUUCAAUGAUUUCUUGAGGUUUAUCCUUUCUCUUUCACUGUUGUUUGGCACUGCAAGUCAUUCGUUUCUUUUGCUACCGUCUUUAGGCAUACGUAGUUUUAUGGAAUUUUGUGAAUUGGAAAAGUGAAAAAUAUGACGCUGAAACAACAAUGAAACAAUACACAGUCAAAGAACGUGUAUGCAAUUUUUUUGCUAUCUCAUUCCAGGCCUGCAAUUAACCUGUAUAUACGAAAUGUCACCAAAACAUUAGUUUAAGAAAAAUAAAGUCAAUUCAUAAAA